AUGGGCUCAUUUACUCGAGAUGAUAAUACCUAUUCAUCUAAAACACUUAUAGGCCAAUGGACGGAAAAACGUAAAGUAGAACAGGAUCGUAUUGAAGAUUUUCUUGAAAGAUGUAAAAGAGAGAAUUUAGCUAUUCAAAAAAUGACAAGAUUAUAUCAAAGUAUAAUGCAGGAUACACCGGUAAAAAUGUCAACAGAUGGUUGUGUAAGAUAUGGUGAAAAUUAUGGCUUAAUAUUUUCACCAUCAGAUCAAAAUAUUGUUCAACUUGGUUGGGAGAAUGAAAGACCACAGACAAUGUUGGCUGCAGGUUGUCAAAGUUGUUUGAAUACAGUUGAGUUGAAUAUAAAGGAUGGUAAUGAAGUAGUUGCUACGGUAUGCAUUCAACCGGUAGCACGUUCAGUUUUUCAAAUAAUAAGCCCUAAAUGUGGAAUGACAGAUUGUGUUGUUAAAUAUGGGGAUACUGUACAGUUUAGUUUAGCGAAUAAAAAUAUUAGUGAAGAACGCCUGUAUCUGGCUAGUGAUAUAGUCUCACCAUUGUCUGCAAGUAGCAUGUCUGGACAUCAAAAAUUAUAUUUAACUACAAAUUGUUGUAGUUUUUUAACACAUUGGAAAAUUGUCUGUAAAGAACCGUCAAUGCGAUUAGAGACAGAAGGUUGUCCAGUUAAAUCAGAUAAGUUUGUUGUUAUAAAACAUGCCCAUACAAAUGAAGCAAUUGCCGUAGAGGAGAAAUAUCCAUACAAUUCUUAUUUCGGUAGGGAAUAUGAAGCCAGUUGUCAUACGUAUUUAGAUGGACAUAAAUGUGAAAGAGAUUUAAAUCAUAUUUCAAUUGCUACAAUAAUACCGCCAAGAAAUGACUAA